CCCCUCCCUGAUCAAUGAGGGUUUAUUUAAAUGAUCUCUGAGGUCUUGGACCCAGGCCAAUCAGCUGUCAGGGCUCAUGAUAAAUCGCAAUGCAUUAUUGAUAAUAAUAAUUACUGGGACAUGCGCGUUCCGGCCGAAGGGGGGUAAAUUUCCCAACUCCAGGAAUUUGUGGCGGAGAGGCCAAAUAACCGCGGCUCUCCCGGCGCCCCGAUGCUGGCACCAUGUCGAGGCGCAAGCAGGCGAAACCCCAGCACAUCAACUCCGAGGAGGACCAGGGCGAGCAGCCCCCGCAGCAGCCGACUCCAGAGCUUGCAGAUGCGGCCCCAGCGGCGCCGGCGACCGGGGAGCCGGGUGUCCCAAUGAAUUACGUAGGCCAUGGUGACGAAGUGGAUGGAGACAGAACUGCAGGAAAGCGGCCUCGACGGGAGGAGACCCACGUCUGUGACAAGUGCUGUGCCGAGUUCUUUGUUCUCUCUGAGCUCCUGGAACAUAAGAAAAAUUGCACUAAAAAUCCACCUGUCCUCAUCAUGAACGACAGUGAGGGGCCGGUGUCUUCAGAGGACUUCUCCCGAGCCGUGCGGAGCCACCAGCCGCAGAGCCCAGGCAGUAAGGACAGCCCCAGGGAGAGCGGCGGCAACUCCGGGGACGGGAAGGAGAAGCCGGGCGCGGAGUCCGUCUUGUACCUGAAGACGGAGGCCGCUCUGCCGCCCGCCCCGCAGGACAUCAGCUACUUACCCAAAGGCAAAGUGACCAACACCAACGUGACUCUGCAGGCGCUCCGGGGCACCAAGGUGGCCGUGAACCAGCGCAGCGCGGAUGCAGCCCCCGCGCCCGUGGCCGGCCCCAACAGCAUCCCGUGGGUCCUGGAGCAGAUCUUGUGUCUGCAGCAGCAGCAGCUACAGCAGAUCCAGCUCACCGAGCAGAUCCGGCUCCAGGUGAACAUGUGGGCCGCGCACGCCCUCCACUCGGGUGUGGCCGGGGCCGAAGCCCUGAAGACCUUGGGCAGCCACGUGUCCCAGCAAGUGUCUGCCGCCGUGGCCUUGCUCAGCCAGAAGGCCGGAAGCCCGGGUCUGUCUCUGGAUGCCUUGAAACCAGCCAAGCUACCUCACGCCAACGUCCCUCCCGCCCAUGGCUCCCUGUCCCCGGGGCUGGCGCCCUUUGCCCUGAAGCCGGAUGGGACUCGGGUGCUCCCGAAUGUCAUGUCUCGACUUCCGGGGGCUUUGCUACCUCAGGCCCCGGGCUCUGUGGUCUUCCAGAGCCCUUUCUCCGCUGUGGCGCUAGACCCGUCCAAGAAAGGGAAAGGGAAGCCCCCCAACAUCUCCGCGGCGGAUGUCAAACCCAAAGAUGAGGCGGUCAUCUACAAGCACAAGUGUAAGUACUGUAGCAAGGUUUUUGGGACUGAUAGCUCCUUGCAGAUCCACCUCCGCUCCCACACCGGAGAGAGACCCUUCGUGUGCUCUGUCUGUGGUCAUCGCUUCACCACCAAGGGCAACCUCAAGGUGCACUUUCACCGUCACCCCCAGGUGAAGGCAAACCCCCGGCUGUUUGCCGAAUUCCAGGACAAAGUGGUGGCAGGCAAUGGCGUCCCCUGUGCACUCUCUGUCCCUGUCCCUGUGGGGGAUUCGAGCCUCCCUUUAGACAGCAAACCCGUCCUUGUAACGGGGACCCCUCCCGUAGGGCUACCUCCACCUAUCCCCUCGGGGGCCAACCCCAAGGACCUCGUGGGUGGCCCGCAGCCCCGGCCUUCCCCAGAAAGUGAGGGUAGACCCACACUGCCUGGGGCGGGGCCCAGCCAGAAUCCCCCAAGGGUUAGCAGCUUCCCUGGGAGCGGGCCCUCUGAGCCGGGGUCAGAGACGCUGAAAUUGCAGCAGCUCGUGGAGAACAUCGACAAGGCCACCGCCGACCCCAAUGAAUGUAUCAUUUGCCAUCGAGUCUUAAGCUGCCAGAGCUCUCUCAAGAUGCAUUACCGCACCCACACUGGUGAGAGGCCGUUCCAAUGCAAGAUCUGUGGCCGGGCCUUCUCCACCAAAGGCAACUUGAAGACGCACCUCGGGGUCCACCGAACCAGCACGUCCGUGAAGAUGCAGCAUUCGUGCCCCAUCUGCGAGAAGAAGUUCACCAAUGCAGUCAUGCUGCAGCAACACAUCCGCAUGCACAUGGGCGGCCAGAUCCCCAACACGCCCCUGCCGGGGAGUCCCUGUGACUUUGCGGGUCCCGAGCCCACCGUGGCCAGUGAGGGCAACGGUGCAGGUGCCACCGGCCAUGACGAUGUUGCGGGCAGCAUCGAUAUAGAUGAGAUCGGCACCCACGAGGCCCCCUGUGGCUCCUUGCAGGUGCCCGCGGCGCCUCCCAGCGCCCACGUGGCAUCGCCCAUUCUGGGGUUCUCAGGGGCGACUUCCCAGGAGGCCCCCGGGAAAGCGGGCCCUGCCCCCCUGGGCCUACAGCGCCAGAGCAGCCGAGAGAACGGCUCCACGGAGAGCGACGGGCGGACCAACGACGACUCCUCGCUUGCGGGCGACAAGGAGUAUCCGAGCCGGAGCCCGGACGCCGUGGAGACCAUGUCCUUUCAGCCACUGUCCCCGGCCAAUAGCCAAGCGGAAAGCAGCAAGUCACGGUCCCCCGAUACUGGGGUCAAAGCCGAGAGCUCCGAGAACAGCCGCCCUGAGAUGGAAGGUCGCAGCAGUCUCCCCUCGCCGUUCAUCCGAGCGCAGCCCACCUAUGUCAAAGUGGAAGUUCCCGGCACAUUUGGAGGCCCCUCCGCCGUGUCCCCAGGCAUGACCCCGCUGCUGGCCGCCCAGCCCCGCCGGCAAGCCAAGCAGCAUGCCUGCACACGGUGCGGGAAGAACUUCUCCUCGGCCAGCGCCCUGCAGAUCCACGAGCGGACGCACACCGGAGAGAAACCCUUCGUGUGCAGCGUGUGCGGACGCGCCUUUACCACCAAAGGCAACCUGAAGGUCCACUACAUGACCCACGGGGCUAACAACAACUCUGCCCGCCGUGGUAGGAAGCUGGCCAUCGAGAACACCAUGGCCCUGCUGGGGACGGAUGGAAAGCGGGUGCCGGAAAUGUUUCCCAAGGAGAUCCUGUCGCCCUCGGUGAGCGUGGACCCAGUGGUGUGGAGCCAGUACAGCAGCAUGCUGCACGGCGGCCUGGCCAUGAAGACCAACGAGAUCUCUGUGAUCCAGGGCGGCGGGAUCCCCACCCUGCCCGUGUCCCUGGGGGCCAGCUCCGUCGUGAGUAACGCCUCCAUCUCCAAGAUGGACGGCUCCCAGUCUGGGGUCAGCGCCGAGGCAGAAAAACCGGGUGUUACUGACAGUGUUGCCAAACACCAGUUCCCUCACUUCCUGGAAGAGAACAAGAUCGCAGUCAGCUAAGGGAAUGCAGGGUGAUCUCCUGCUUGCUGUUUUCUUACUGAUAUGCAAAUGAUGUUUACGGUUGAGACCCAACCUGGGGCCAAUCCUACAAUCACAAUUGUUGCUGUGCUGCUUUGCAAAAAAAAAAAAAGAAAAGAAAAAAUUUUUUAAAAACCAGAAAAUUCGU